AUGCAGGAGCUGGUGGCCGGCGUGGAGAAGAUCAGGUUUGACUUGGAAGCAGAUGUGGAGGAGCAGAGAGGAGCCCGGCUCCUGCCCUUCCCGGGUAUGGACAAGCUGGGGGCGGCCGCCUGCGAGUUCUUCCGCCGCGGGCUCUGCUCCAAGGGCCUGCUGUGCCCCUUCCGGCACGUCAGCGGCGACAAGACGGUGGUCUGCAAGCACUGGCUGCGUGGGCUGUGCAAGAGGGGCGACCAGUGCGACUUCCUGCACGAGUACGACGUCACCAAGAUGCCCGUGUGCUACUUCUACUCCAAAUUCGGCGAGUGCAGCAAUAAGGAUUGUCCCUUCCUGCACAUCGAUGCGACAACUCACGACACCGGCUGUCCCUGGUACGACCGCGGCUUCUGCAAGCACGGGCCCCUGUGCAAGUACAAGCACACGCGGCGGGUGCUGUGCACCAACUACCUCGUCGGCUUCUGCCCGGAGGGACCUCGAUGCAAAUUCAUGCAGUACAUGUUUGGAGGCUGGGGGAGGGCACUAGCCGGUGCCAGAGCCCUCGCGGACCCGCAGCCAGUGGCCACCAGCAUUAACCAGCCCCUGGCCAGCGGCAGUGUCCCUGGCCCACAGUGCCCACCUGAGCCCGUCACCUGCUUCAAGUGUGGCCAGAAGGGUCACUACACCAACAAGUGUGGGAAGAGUCACCUGGAAAUCCUGCUGGAGAAGUGA